AUGCACCACUGCGCUCAGCGUCCCCUGCCAGCACCAUCAGCUUCACUGAGCUGGCAGACAGAGACUUUGCCAGACCUGCCUGCAUUACCAUCACCGGAUCCAACACCAGCAGCAGCACAUCAAGAUAUACCAGACAUGCCUGAAGACGGCAUAGUGGUGCUGCUACCGGACACAACAGAAGAGGAUAGCCAAGCACGCCCAGCCAUGCUGAUGAAUACGCAAGAGGACAGCCAGUCAAGGUUGCAGCGCAUCCCUCCCUUGGCGCUAGUUGACAGCUGGGACGUGCAUGUCUCUCCAGAUGUGGACUCUUUUGCGGUCACCAUUUUGCCUGCAGAUUUACUACGUGUUUAUCCUCCAGGGUGCAUUUUGUCUUUGCUUGGACACGUCCCUGAGUUCAAAGACUUGGAAACGUACAAGGACUGGGUGUAUUUUGGGAAAAUCAAAGUGAUCCUGCGGUUUGAGCCGCGCUUCAAGCUCCCCUUCAUUGCACAGCCAAUCUUGGAGCGGGAUGUGGAACUGCCGUGUUUGAACAAGUUGAAACAGAGCGAGUUGCUUUCCAAAUCAUCUUUGGGCUGCAUUGAUAGCACACGGACAGAGCUCGGCUCAAUUCGUACAAACCAAGCGUGCUUGCUCACUGCCGCAUCUUUGGCUUGA